UGUCAUAAAGUGUUACUGGAGGCACGAAAAUGUUAAAGAAGUGCAAAGACAAUUCAGAAGACACUUUGACAGGGAUCCACCAAGGUGACGCGCCAUUGCUCGCAUCACAGCUAAAAACAGUUGGGCAAAAUAAUAAUGUCAGAAGUAAGAGUAAGCUGUGAAGGAAGAACAUCUGUCAUAAAGUGUUACUGGAGGCACGAAAAUGUCAAAGAAGUGCAAAGACAAUUCAGAAGACACUUUGACAGGGAUCCACCAAGGUGGUCCGAUGUGCCUCUGAAUGUGCUUCUCGGAGUCACGGUGGACGAGCAGCUGACCUGGAAGCAGCAUGUCGCCAGCACCGUAAGAUCCGCUACCUACAAGCUGUACAUGAUGCGCAGACUCAGGUCGCUGGGGACACUGACAGACGAGUUAAGGGGAGUGUGCCUCACCUUCAUCCUCCCCAAACUCAUGUAUGCCUCCCCAGCGUGGUCCUUCUCUCUCACACAUACUCAACAGCUCCAUCUGAAAAGAGUGCAGAAGAGGGCGUGCAGGGUCAUCUUUGUCCCUGCCUACACCACCUGUGAUGAUCCCCUGAGCACCAUGAGUCUGUUCAGACGUCCAGACUAUCCACCAGGCACCGAGAGGCUCUGGAGAAGUUUUGAAGAGGACUUCUGCAUCAUCCACGCCUCAGACACAUGCUGCUGCCUGAUGCACCUCGCCUGGUCCGUGCCAUCAGACACCACAACAAGAUAACGCCCCUAAAAGCGCCGCGCACGGACCGGGACAGACUCAGCGCGAUUCCCACCAUGGUGCGAGCCAUUAAUCAACAGUAUUUCGCUUCUGUAUUAGGCUUAGCUUAAGGAAUAAUGUUAAGUAUUUUCCCACCCCCUCUGUACAUUUUCAGUUUGUAAACUGCCUUAUUAAUAAACUAUUUAUUAUUAUUAUUAUUAUUAUUAUUGUUAUUAUUUUAUUAUUAUUAUCAUUUUUAUUAUUAUUAUUGUGUUUAGUCUUUGAGUUAUAUAAUCUUGCCUCGUUAGUGCCUCAUUUUCUACUUUCUGAGUGUGUGCAAUAGAAAACACAGUGAGAACAAUUACCAGGAAAGAAAAGAGUAAGUGUACUCACCUCAAGAGUGCAGGUGUGUAGACUCUGGGAGAUGGGAGGGAGGAAGGCGCGAGGCGGGAGGUGCCUGUGGGGAGAAACACACUGUGCUUCAUGCUCUUACAUUUAUACUCCACAAGCACAAGUCUGUAUCUGUGUACAUCUAUCUAUCUGUAUCUAUCUGUAUAAACAGAGAGACAGAGAGAGAGAGGGAGAGAGAGAGAGAGAGAGAGAGAGAGAGAGAGAGAGAGAGAGAGAGAGAGAGAGAGAGAGAGAGAGAGAGAGAGAGAGUCAUCCAAAAAUGUACUCUCUGUUUGACUUGCUGUAAUUAAUUGAAUGUUUUU